CGGUGACACUGGAUCGUUCGGGAGUUUCGUGCGCUCGGGGUGCGAGAUGAGGGUAUGAAUUUGCGAACAGCUAGACGGCACCGGACGCUAAUGCGAGAACGAGAAGUCCGGGCAAAGAGUCGAUACAGUGGUGGAAUAUCCGUGUUUAAGGACACGAAUGAGCAUGCGUACAAGGGAUAUGCUGCUGAUCCGACGGGCACUGUUCUCGUCGUGUGCCAGGAUAAUUUUGUUGGAGGGACGGUGAACCGAGCGGAAGCUGCGACUCAGAAGGAUCUUGCCUUUGCUUAAGCGUUUCUAGAUCAACGUUAUACCCU